AUGACGAGUAAAGCUAUCUCAAUUAUCUGUAAAGAGUUAAAAUUGGCAGAAUGUAAAACCUUUUGUCGUACUCUUGAUGUGACCGAAGUUGAGAUUGAUACAAUUAUGAAUAAUAAUCCACAUGAUACUGAAACUCAGAAAUAUAAAAUGUUGGAUUUAUGGAUGAGACGAUGUGGAUCAAAGGAUACAGCGUCAAUUUUACAUGACAAGCUAUUUGAGAUGGAAUUCUUGAAUGCUGCUGAAAAAGUGAAGUCUUUACCACAAUCACAAGGUAGUACUACAUCUGUUGAUGAUAUUGCUUCUGGAAUUCAGGAAGUAUCAUUAGGUAGUACUGCAUAUGAUGAAUGUCCCUUAGGAACUCAGGAGUCAUCAACUAAUUUAAAAAAAGGUCCCAGAAGGCCAAGAACGAUGAAGAUCAAAAAUCUGAAAUAUAGUGAACUGGAUGAAUUCUGUAGUGACAUGAGUGUUGAGAGGGAAAAUAGUGAGUACAUUGUGUACAUAUCCCCAAAAUAAACCAGACCAGAUUUCAGUGUGCUGUGUAAAGGAAUUGCAACACUGUGAUGCAUGUAUGCUAUUUACUUGAAUAAACAGAAGAUAGAUAUAAGU